AGUAAAUGCUGCUCUAAGCACCUUCUCCCCACACAAACACAAAUAAAUCUUUUUCUCUUGAAUUUCUUUAAUAAAAGAAUAUACAAAUAGAUUUUAAAUGACAAUGACCAAUUAAUCUAAUUGGCAGCAUCCAGUUUUCGGUGUAUCAUAGUAAAACACAUCAGCAAACUACAUCAGCAUGAUCACUUAUGAUACAAAUCAUUUUGAGUGCCCAUAUCAGGCAUAGCAUACCCACCUUGCACAAGUCAAAGACAUACUGAUAAUCGACACACCGAUAAAGGCACUUCUCCCCUGUGUACAAUGGACCCUUCCCAACCCUAUCUCCCUUCUGUUCAAUGCACCCGACCAACCUAUGACCUACUUCCGUUACUUGAAAAGAAUAUUCUGCUUACGGACUGACAUCACGAUUUGAAAGUAAAGGAUCUCUAACAAUUCCUAGCCUCUUGUCGCUGUAUCGUAGGGACGACUGUAUACCAACUUGUUGCUCAACUGUGAAACUCUCCUCGGAACCUUCAGCGGACUGUUCUUGUAGCCUGGACAAGAGCACGUGGUGCGUUUGCAGAAGUGGCCAAUCGUAAAAUUACCGCCACUGCCUGAACGAAGCCGCCUCCAAUAUCAGGUUUUUGUUAAAGCUGCAGGGACUGAGUCUCAGGAGAUGAACGAACAGAGGACUUGUGGGCAGUUUCACUCAGAUAGUACUUUAACGAUUUAAAGAAGAAAAAUUGAAUGUAAUCUUAGAAGAGGAAGCUAUGUCUGCCAUAACCAAUCAAGUCCAGGUCUCAUGUAUACACAGCAUAAAGACUGAACCAAGGUCUGAAGCUGAUCUACAAGAAGACCUGAAUAAUGAUGUAAUGCUUGAGACAGAAAGGACAUUUUGUUCUUAUACAAAUAUGACAUAUUGCUCACCAAUUAGCUGUGUGCAUCUUAAAAACACUUCUGGUCCAGAUUUCAUAAAACUUGAGCCUGCUACGCAUAUUCAUCAAUUAAACUUUAAACAUGAGGAUGGUGUAAAACUGGAGCUUAACUCUCAGGAUGCUAUUUAUUGUAUUAAAGCUGAGGAAGUUCCUGGUGAAGAACUUCAGCACAUAAAACCUGAGCAUGCUGCACACAUUGAGCAUUCAGAUUCUGACACAACUUACAUAAAACCUGAGAUUGCUACGCAUAUUCAUCAAUCAAACUGGAAACAUGAGGAUGGUGUAAAACUGGAGCUUAACUCUGAGGAUACCAUUUGUUGCAUUAAAAGUGAGCAACUUCCUGGUGAAGAACUUUAUUGCAUAAAACCUGAGCAUGCUGCUUACAUUCAGCAGUCAGAUUGCAGUCAUGAGAGUUGUGUGAAAGUGGAGUACCACUGUCAAGAUAUCACCUGUUUAAUUAAGACUGAGCAGGAUCCUGUGCAAUGUGCAAAGACAGAAGAGCAGCUUGUAUAUAAGCAAGAAGAACAAGAUCAUCAUCACAUAGUGAAUACUGAGACAGGGUGGCCUGGCCAGCAUGCAAUGUGGAAGAAUAACAUUGAUGAGAAUUGUCAAGAAAUGAAUGCUGCUAGAUGCAUAACUCCUAAGGUGACAGAUAUAUUCACAGAAAGUCAACAGCAUCAGAUUCAUCCAACUGUUACUGAAGUCACCAUUGAUUCAGAAACAGAAAUCCAUAGUGAUGCUAAAUCAUAUCAGUGCCAAGUGUGCUUAUCUUCUUUCAGGUUUCCAACCCUACUCAAGAAACAUAUGGUGAUCCACUGUGAUUUUAAAGCUGACCAGCAUACUGCAUGUACAGCUGCGUUAGAAAGACUAGAUACUUUAAAACACAACCAGGCAACCAACAGUGAUAAGAUAUCUCAUCCAUCCACUUCUUUUAAAACUCCAUCCGAAAAAAAGCACAUGGUGACCCAAAAUGUUGCGAAAACUUACCAGUGUACUGUGUGUCACAUAGCUUUCAAAAGAUUAGAUCAACUAAAACAGCACAAAGUGACCCACAGUAAUGCUAGACCUCACCAGUGCAGUGUAUGUAAUAGUGCUUUUAAGUGGCCAAGGGAUUUAAAAAACCACAUGUUGACCCACAGUAAUUUGAAUCCACGCAGAUGCAAUGUUUGUAAGACUGCAUUUAGGUCCUUACUGCAUUUAAAGCACCACAUGUUGACUCACAGUAAUUUUAGACCUCACCAGUGCAGUAUGUGUAAUAAGGCUUUUAAGCUCCCAAAAUAUUUAAGAUUGCACAUGUUGACCCACAGUAAUUUUAGACCUCACCAGUGCAGUAUGUGUAAUAAGGCUUUUAAGACUUCAAGUGAUUUAAAAAGGCACAUGUUGACCCAUACUGGGAGACCUCACCAGUGCAGUAUAUGUAAUAAAGCUUUUAAGUGCUCAAGUGGUUUAGAAAAGCACAUGUUGAAGCACAGAAAUGUUACAUCUCACCAGUGCAGUAUGUGUAAUAGUGCUUUUAAGUUUCCUUGUCAUUUAAAAAGACACAUGUUGACCCACUGUGAUGAGAAACCUCACCAGUGUAGUGUAUGUAAAAGAUCAUUUAAGCUGUUAAGUAGUUUGAAAAAGCACAUGUUGACCCACAGUGACGAGAGACCUCACCAGUGCAGUAUAUGUAAUAGUGCUUUUAAUUCUUCAAGUAAUUUGAAAACACACCAGUGCAGUAUAUAUAAUAGUGCUUACAAAUAUCUCGACUUUUCAAAGAACAUGUACUGA